AGGCUUAUUUUCACGCACUGUUAUGUUAAAAAACAGACGGGGAACACUAUCACGGUUGCGAUUACCGACGACGACAAUGGCGGGCAAGCAAAUCGGCGGAGACGGCGUCUUACCAGCGAAUCUCGCCGGAAUGACGAAAAGUCAGCUCUACGGUAUCAUGUCCCAAAUGAAGGCGCUGAUUGAUCAAAACCAUGAACAAGCGAGAGAGAUUCUGAUUCAGAACCCUCUUUUAACCAAGGCUCUUUUUCAGGCACAAAUCAUGCUGGGAAUGGUUCAGCCUCCUCAAGUGGUUCCCAAAGUUGAGCUUCCUCAACAGUCUCAUCAAUCUAUCACUCCAAAGCCAACCGUUCAAGCUCAUACCUCUUCUCUUCAAACCGGUGUCGGUUUACAAGAGCCAGCUGCUACGGUGCAGCCACAAGCCCCGAUUAGAAAACACACACUGCCUAUGCCUCCUCCACCGCAGCAGCCUCGUUUCUCGCAUCCCCAGCGUCUGAAUCCUGCUGGCACUUCUUUAUCUCAUCCACAGUCUUCUCAAGUUCAAACCGCGCCUCCCUCGGUUCCUCAUCAUCCAACAUCCCAACCACAGUCUUUUCAUCAUCUUGAUACACCAGCCUCCUCCACUCAGUUGCAACAACAGCAACCAAUGCACUCGGUUGGGGGUCCUCAACAACAGCCUAGACCAUAUCAUCAUCAGUUUGGGCCGUCCCAGGCAGGUCCCAACGCUGGGUUUCAGCACCAUGGCGCACCUCCUCAGCAUCAUUCUCAACCCAUGUUUCAUUCUGGCAAUAGACUCCCAGCUUCUGGUGGACCUCAAUUCCCUCAGGGACAGCCACAUCUCGUUAGCCAGCCACCAUAUCAGGGUGGAGGUCAGUUUCGUGGAGACUACAAUAAUAACCAAUUAGGAGGGCCGACUGCAGACAGAGGUCCUUCUUGGAUGGCUAGCCAAUCAGAGAGCUCAAACAUUACUCAUCUCCCAGGCUUAGGACCGGUGCCUCCACCAAGCCAAGUUGGACCUGGAGGCGGCCCACCACCUCGCCCUGCACCGAUAUCUGCAGAGAUGGAGAAGGCAUUGCUUCAACAGGUGAUGAGCCUGACCCCGGAGCAGAUCAUUUUGCUGCCACCGGAACAGAGAAACCAAGUCCUUCAGCUUCAACAGAUUCUCCGACAGUGAAGUUCAUCGUCACAGUCCCGUGGUCUCCGUGUUAUAGCUUAGAAGAGACAGGCUUGGGGUUUGAAUGUAAGGUCCGAGUCAAGUGUAAGAUCAUUUGUAGAAAAGGAAAAGAAGUAGCUAAUAUUUUUUUCCAAUGUAUCACUGAAUGCUUUGGUAACAACUUUCUUCCGACUUUCAAAGUUUCCAAGUCCUGUUUACAGUUUUAUUCA